AUGGGGGAAACAUACCGACGAAGCGUGAAAAUCUUCAUCGGGGGUCUCUCGUUCGAGACGACCGACGAGGCGCUCAAGCGGUAUUUCGAGCAAUUUGGUCCCGUGGCGGACGCGAUCGUUAUGAAGGACGCGGUAUCGCGACGAUCGCGAGGCUUCGGGUUCAUCACCUACAUGAAUUCGGCGAGCGUGGAUGCCGCACUUUCUGUGAAGCAGCACAUCGUAGACAACCGGAGAGUAGAGGCCAAGCGAGCCGUUCCGCGAUCGGAAGUCCCUCCCAAGGUGGAGCCACAACAGCAGUUGGCGCAGUCGCCGUCACUCCAGUCGCAAAACUCGUGGGACACGCCAUUCGCCAUGGAAAGUUAUGCCUUGCGAGGCGUUACUCCCGAGGGGCGUACAAGGUCCAAUAGCACCGUCAGUGCUAGCAGCAUGGGCGGCUUGAUUACGUUGGAUGGGGUGCCGAUGGCAACGAAGAUCUUCGUCGGCGGUUUACACUACGAAACCAGAGACGCCUCUCUCCAAGCGUACUUCGAACAGUUCGGGCCCGUGCAGACGGCGGAGGUGAUGUUCAAUCGCGAGACCCACAAGUCUCGAGGCUUCGGGUUCGUGGUGUUUGAGUCGGAAGAAUCCGCCAACGCGGUACUCCAGAGCUCCCACCACACCGUCAACGGCAAGGUGGUGGAGGUCAAGCGCGCCGUUCCCCGAGCGCAGAGUAGCACAGGAGGGAGCAACCCUAGUAGCCCCGCAUUGAUGGGGUACCCCCCAUCCCCAAGCGCGCUGGGACCUGGGAUGGGCGGGGGGCCGAUGAUUAAGCCGACUGCGGCUGCAGCAGCAGCAGCAGCUGUGGCGGCGGCGGCGGGGGCGAAGAGACCACAGAGACCACGCCCCCCUCGAGAUACCAUGGUGGGGCCCAACAACGGUGCAGUCCCCGGAACCCCCCCUCAGCGGCCACGCUACCCACCCACGACCUCGUACGCUGCGGUGUUGCGGUUCGGCGCCGGGCGCCAGCAGCAACAUCAACAGCACACGGGGGGUGUGCCGCAGCACGGGGGAGGGGGAGGGGGAGGGAAGCCGCCCCAGCACCACGGUCACAUGCAGGCGCGAGCUGAAGGCAUGGGACGUGGAGAACCCGGGGCAGGGGCUUAG